AUGCCGUUUUCACUCUUCCUUUUAUUCACCAUAGCCAUUCUAAUUUGUGAAAGCCAACAAAGAAACAUAAAAACAGCAAAAGGAGAGAAACAAAGAGGAGAAAAUUCCCAAAAUAUUCGAAGAGAAGAUGAAGAGGAAAUAGAAGGACACCAGAGUUUUCAAACAAAAGAACACGAGAGUUUUCAAACAGAAGAACACAAGAGUUUUCAAACAGAAGAACACAAGAGUUUUCAAACAGAAGAACACACAAGUUUUCAAACAGAAGAACACAAGAGUUUUCAAACAGAAGAACACGAGAGUUUAAAACCAGAAGAACACAAGAGUUUUCAAAAAGAAGAACACGAGAGUUUUAAACCAGAAGAACACAAGAGUUUUAAAACAGAAGAACACAAGGGUUUUCAAACAGAAGAACCCAAGAGUUUUCCUACAGAAGAAUACUGGAGUUUUCAAACAGAAGAACACGAGAGUUUUAAAACAGAAGAACACAAGAGUUUUCAAACAGAAGAACACGAGAGUUUAAAACCAGAAGAACACAAGAGUUUUCAAAAAGAAGAACACGAGAGUUUUAAACCAGAAGAACACAAGAGUUUUAAAACAGAAGAACACAAGGGUUUUCAAACAGAAGAACCCAAGAGUUUUCCUACAGAAGAAUACAGGAGUUUUCAAACAGAAGAACACGAGAGUUUAAAACCAGAAGAACACAAGAGUUUUCAAAAAGAAGAACACAAAAGUUUUCAACCAGCAGAAGAACACAAGUUUUUUCAAACAGAAGAACACGAGAGUUUCUAUCUUGAAGUAAAAGACAGUUUUCAAAGAAAAGAAAAAGAUAAUGUUCUAACAGAAGAAAGCUUGAAACCACGAAGGAGGCCCAAAAGGGGAUUAAAGUUUCGAUUGUGUGGAGAUCAGCUGAUUUUUCAAUUCAAACGAAUUUGCACAGUUAAAGAUUCUCUACAACGAGCUGCUGCAUCUUUAACAGCAGUGGAAAUACACCCAGCUCCCGGUUUUAGAUCUGAGUCUGUACCAUUGAGUCGGCCUUUGAGAGACUCACGUGGAAUAUCCUACAGGUGCUGCAAGCUUAGAUGCACCUUGAAGGAAAUUGAAGAUUUUUGCUGAAGAAAAAAAACUGAAUAUGCUGGAUUCAGUCAGCUAGAUUCACUCCGUGAGCUAAAACAACAAAAAAAGAAGUUUUUGAGAUAAAUUUACAAUCUUAGUCAAUUUUGUGAUCCUGGUGUCCUAGACCUUCAUAAUCCAGAUUUUUAAUUACAAAGGUUUACAACAUCAGGUUGCAGAGAUUAUAGAGAUUACUUUGUGUCGAGUAGUUUCAGUAUUACGAAAAUUAAGGUUAUUGUGAUUCAUGGUGAUAAAUAAUGUUUUUAUGAUUAAACUAACUUUAAAAAUAAACUUAAUUCUGUUCGCGCGUA